UGGAGAGCAAACAUCCCGCAUAUUGUGCAAUCAAAAAACAGCAACUAUACUCAGAGAUUGAUUAUCUCAUCUCGAGACUGUACCAUCGAUUAUUCCUCUCUUGGAGACAUCCUCGAAACAUUUGGAUUCAGUACUGUCGAAUGGCUUAGAUUGAAAACAAUACGUUUUAUUGGAGACCUCCUUGAGGCAGAGCAGGAUUCGGACGCCAAACCCCCAAUGGCCGACGAUGUCAGAAUACGACUAUCACAGACCUCGCAAUAUUUUAUUCAGCGCCUCUCCCAUGUGAAGCAUUUAAAACACAGAACAUCCGGAUAUCUAUUGAAGAAUCCGCCUGCAUUCCCGCUUGGUGAUGUGUUGAAUUUUUACUUUCCACGGCUACAAACAAUAUCUUUACCAGACUUUACUCUUCCAGAAAUGAGCCAUACAUACUUCUCUUCAUUCCUCACCAGGCUGUAUCUUCACAUCAACAGUGAGAGUGCUGAGCGUAUCCCUAGGAUCUUUGCACCCUCACUCGAGUAUCUGAGCCUAUAUUAUCCUGACACUUCACAUUCAUGGCACAUCUUCAGAGGCAGCCUGCCUGGAUCUGUUAUCUUCGAAAACCUCACGGUGCUUGAAAUCUAUCAUAAUCCCGAGAUAUCUGAGUCAAUAGAAGAAUCAGACACAUAUUUCCCUUCCAUAUCGUUUCCAAAAGCUGGAAAAUUUGCAAUUAGGCUGGCAUCCAUUCAAUGACACCAAAACCCUCGUUUUAUUCAAGGACGCGCCAAUACAGUCUGCCACCUUUCGUUGAUAUGGUUGAUAGAUUCCAUUUCUCUGCGAUAACCACCUUCAGAGAUGUUCAAAAUCUUUUUAUUGUCGCCAGUACCUGGCAAAAU